CCGAUGACGGCAUCGUGAGUGAUGGCGAGGCCGAGGUGCUGCCGCACGAGAUCAUCCGCACGGUGAUCCCGCACAGCCCCCUGCGCCCCCCGCCGCCCCGCGGGACCCCCGGCCCUGCCCCAGGGGGCUCCGAGGAGGGCGGGGGGCGGCGGGGCGGGGGCCGCCAGCGCCCAUUCAUCUGCAACGAGUGCGGCAAGAGCUUCAGCCACUGGUCCAAGCUGCUGCGGCACCAGCGCACGCACACGGGCGAGCGGCCCAGCACCUGCGGCGAGUGCGGCAAGAGCUUCUCGCAGAACUCGCACCUGGUGCAGCACCGCCGCACCCAUACCGGGGAGAAGCCGUACAGGUGUGGCCACUGCGGCAAGAGCUUCUCCUGGAGCUCCAACCUCAUCCAGCACCAGCGCAUUCACACCGGGGAGCGCCCGUACGGCUGCGCCGAGUGCGGCAAGAGCUUCACGCAGAGCAAGAAUCUCAUCAAGCACCAGCGCACCCACGCAGGGCCGGGGGCAGCGCGGCCGCGGCGCUGCGCCCACCCCGCCGGUGCCCCGAGGGCUCUGAAGGGGCCUCGGGUGGGGGGCGAGGGCGAGGGGCCCGUAGGGCCUGAGGGCAGCUGCGGGCAGGAGCCGCUGAUCUGCGUGGAGUGUGGGGAGAGCUUCGCCCGGAGCGCUGCGCUCAGGAGGCACCGCCGGGGGCACCGCCCGCUCUUCGUGCCCUGAAGGGACAAUGUGGGGAUAGUGCCCGCUCUUCGUGCCCUGAAGGGACAAUGUGGGGACAGUGCCCGCUCUUCGUGCCCUGAGGGAACAUGGGGACACUGUGGAGGGGGCACAGGGACAGUGGGGCACUGUCCUCGCACUGCUGGGGGCACUGUCCACUCUUUGUGCCCUGAGGGGCAGGGGGACAGUGGCACUGGGACAUGGGGACACACGGAUAGUUGGGGCAUCACCUGCUUUUCAUGCCCUGAGGGGACACCGUGGUGGGGACACAAGGGCUGUUGGAUAAUGCUCUGGCAGUGCCUGCUGUUGGUGACCUGUGGGGACACACAGACAGUGGGCCACCCUGGUGGGGUACACAGGGACUGUGCUACAGACAGGAGACAUGGUGCCACCAUGUGAGGAGACACAGGGAGUGUUUCAUUGGCAGGACAUAGUGACAGAGCUGGGGUCACACGAGUUAUGGCACAGGUGAGGGAAUGUGACACCAAGCUGGGAGACUGUGGAGGGGCACCUGGACUGGGACAAGGACAGGACACAGUGACUCGAAGGUGGAGGACACAUGGGCAGGACAGAGUGACACAGAGCUGAUGUCCCCAAGCCCACCCCGUGCCUUGUGUCACCCUCGGUGCCCCUCACUGUUCCGUGUCGGUACCACAUCCCAGAGCUGUAAGUAGGG